AUGUCCGUGUCCAUGUGCACGCGAUGCUUCGCCCGCCUGCAGCUCGCGCCCUCGCGUGCUGUAUCCUCCGCUGCCGUUGGUAGCACCAUACAAUCAUCCGCCUUCCACACCACAGCUCCGCGGCCCAUGCCCGCCAAAGUCAAGAUAGUGUACCGCAACCUCGCACCCAAAGUCGCACCCAGAUCGAAGCGAGAACGAAAACGUCCUCCACCUGUAGGGGAACGCCAACAACACCGCAGAAGAAUCGUCCUCGCAAACACCAACGCCCUCGAAGUCGCCGAUCUACAAUACCUCGGCCUGCAGAAUUGUACCAACGAGUCUAGCAUCGGCAAGAUCCUGGCGUUUGACGAUGCCACGAUUGAUAAGCUGCGUAGCGCCAAAGCCUUUCAGCGGACGCAGAACUAUAAGCUGUUUAGGAGGCCGGCGACCUUGAUCAGGAAGGAGACUGUGGAGCUAGGAAAGUUGAUCGUGACACAUGGGGAGAAGACGGGGACGGACAGGAUAAUGGUGACGGGUCCGAGGAUCAGCGGCAAGAGUGUGUUGUUGACGCAGGCGAUGGCUAUGGCGGUCAUGAAGGGGUGGAUUGUUAUCAGCGUCCCCGAUGCUCAAGAGUUCGUGAUUGACCACUUUGCGUACUCGCCAGCCACGACCGACUCGGAAGAGCAGAUGUACGAUCAAAGGACACUUGCCGAGGGGAUACUCGCCCGCAUGGCCGCCACUAACGCAGACGUUCUCACCAAGCUCGAGCCAACGAAAGACAUCAACGAGGUCAUCAAGUUCGCGUCCGGUGAAGCAAAAGACCUCAAGACCCUCGCUGGCAUCUGCAGACAGGCUACGCUCACACCACAACACGCCAUUACCAUCUACAACUUCGUCAUGGACGAACUCACCAAGCCCAGCGACGCCUGCCGGCCGCCAAUCUUGAUGACGGUAGACAAUCUCGACCACUGGAUGGGCCUGACCAAAUACCGCGACGCCUCUCUCAAACCCAUCCACGCUCACCAGUUCACCAUCAUCCGCUCCUUCCUGGACCUGCUCUUCUCGUCCAAGGCCUCCCUCCCGUAUGGCGGCAUGAUCCUCGGAGCACGGUCCGCCAGCAACAACCCCGAUGUGCCAGCAUUCAAUGUGCUUACUUGGCAAAUCGUUGCUCUGAAUGCUGGCAUGCAACCGGCCGACGAGGGCUUCCCAUUGCCGCGGCCUUACCAGUACCUCGAUCCUAAACCCUUGUCGCUACUCGACCCAGCCGCAAACACUAAGGUCAUGAACCUCGAUGGCGUCUCCAAGCAGGAAGCAGCUUCAUUGAUGGAAUACUACGUCUUGAGUGGGAUACUCAAGGAGAACAUUACCAGCGCGAAUGUAGCGGAGAAGUGGGCGCUGAGUGGACAGGGAAACGUGGGCGAGCUGUGUCGAUUGAGUGCAAGGGCGCGUAUCGAUCCGGAGAAGUCGGUGACUUUCUUUGGCACAGAUGAGGUAUAA